CGCAGAGGAAGCUUCUCAGUUCGGCAAAAGAACAUUUGGAGUCGCACUAUAGGUCGAGAUGCUCCCUCAGAAGAUUAAAAAAAUAAAGGAAAGAGCCUGAUUUGAUGAUUAAGACCUGUGAGAAAGAGGCACUGAACUGAGUGAAUAACCUCUCUGACGCUGGUCGAGUUUUGCAGAUCAGGCUUGAAACCCAUCAAACCAUCUGAACCAUGAAGCUUCCUGGGACAGUCAUUCUUGCAGCAGCCACUGAAGACUUUAACAGUUCCCUGCUGAUUCCAUUACCAGGAAAUGCAACAGAUACACCAGAGUCCCUAUUGUCAGCUUCCCAGUCCUAUGGUGGUGGGAGUCAUUGCUUCAUAUGUGCAGACAGAGCCACGGGUAAACACUAUGGUGCAUCUAGCUGUGAUGGCUGCAAGGGAUUCUUCAGGAGGAGCAUUCGCAGCAACCAAACUUACAACUGCAGGUUCAACCGGCAGUGUGUUGUGGACAAAGACAAAAGGAACCAGUGUCGUUACUGCAGACUGCGGAAAUGUUUCAAGGCGGGAAUGAGAAAGGAAGCUGUUCAGAAUGAGAGAGACUGCAUCAACCCCCACAGAGUCAAGGGACAACCAGUAGGAACUCUGUCCAUCAACGUGUUGCUGCAGGCGGAGAACAGCGUGCAACAGAGUCAUAAUAUCAGCCCCAAGAAAACAGCCUGUGUGGGAGACGUGUUUGAAUCAAUGAAGCAACAGCUCCUCCUGCUGGUGGAAUGGGCCAAACAUAUCCCAGAGUUUUGCAGCCUUCACAUAGAUGACAGGGUAACUCUUCUACGAACCCAUUCUGCUGAACAUCUGAUUCUGGGGGCAGCAAGACGAUCGCUACCUUAUAGUGACGUCAUUCUUUUAGGCAACGACUUUGUGAUUCCCCUGAGAAGAGCUGAGUUGGAAAUGUCCAGAGUGGCUAUCAGAAUCCAGGAGGAGCUCGUCAAGCCUCUCAGGGAACUGGACAUCACAGACAAAGAGUUUGCUUGCCUCAGAGCCAUAGUUUUCUUUGCCCCAGCAGACUGUCCAAGCCUGGAGAACCCUCAGGUGGUCCGAUACUUGCGUCUCCAGGCCCACGUUCUACUAGAGGAAGUGACAUGUGAUCAGAGAGGAAGGCUAGGAGAACUUCUGCUGACUCUUCCUGCUCUGCAGAGUGUUUCCUGGCAGAUGGUGGAAACGCUCCAUUUGGCGAAGCUGCUCGGUGAAGCCAGACUGGACAGCCUGCUGCAGGAGAUGCUGCUUGGAGAGGGAACGGCAACAAACCAAGGGCAGAGUGCCGGCAGCAUCCUGAACUGUGAGCGUCAGAAUGACCUCAGAGCUUCUCCUGCCACCUUCACCUCUGAGCUCCCGUGCUUCAACUUGUCUUGCCGUCGUCCUGCUGCCCACACAGACUGGCACUGAGGUGUACAGACAUGGAGAGGCUGCCAAUGUGCCCACAUUGUACCAGAGGUCCAUGUCCGCUACAAGUAAACACCUAAAGGAGCAACAAUUCAACUGAAGGAUGAGAGGAGUCGUGCAAGGCUUUCAGAGGAACACAAGCAGGCAUAUAGAGACUCAACCACAAACUCAAUAAUGAAACGAAAACACCUAGAAAUAAACAAGUUGCUUACUCCAGCUAGCAUUUAUUGAACUAAAGUUCUAAAUAUAUAUACAUAUAUUACUGUUUUGAAUACAUUUGAAAAGUGAAGUUUCAAUCAAACAAGUGAACUGAUAAGAAUAGAGAGGAAAAGAGUAUUUCUGAUAUUGGAGUCACUGAACUGAAGUGAAGUGUGGUGUCCAGCAGAGGGCACUAAAUGCUAUUAUUUGACAUUUUCAAAAGAUUGAUUUUAUAAAUGAACACAACAAGGAAAUAGUUUACUUUUAAAUUCCCUUAACUACCUCUUUAUGUACCCAAAACUGACAACACAACUUCUCUUUAUUCAAAGAUAAUUCUCUUGGUCCAGAAAUUGAAGAAAUCUGAGUCUUCAGACCAAAUGCUAGCAAAUCCCACUCUGCACUGAGGAGCAGAGUGGGAAGGGGUGCUCUGCGAGGUGGGAAGUAGGCUGGCGAAUGUAGCUUUGUGGAAAUAGGCUGAUGAGAACAAGCAUUUAGGCACCCUUGAAUGGUUUCCAUAGGAUAUUCAGGAAUUUGUCAAACAUGCAUGAAAGAAUCAAAGCAACACUCCAGGUAUGUUUUUGAUAAAGGAAUAACAUAGUAGCAUAAUAUAAAGCUCUAAAAAGUCAAUUUUAAAGAGGAACAAACAUCUAUGGUAAUCAUAAUACAUAAUUUGAGAGUUUGAGCUCAGGGCGCUAGCAGUUUUAGUUUGUAGUCAUUAUUCUAGAAGAAAAAAGCUCCUUUAAAGUAAAAUGAGCCUUUUAAAGUUUAUAUAAAUUGCAUUGAGACAGAGAAAUAUGACCAGAUAAGAUCUGUGAUCAUUCAGCAGCAAUGCAAAAGAGCAGGCACUGGAGCUAUUUAAGCUUUAAAAGAAGAGCCACACGUGAAUAAGAAAACAACAUACCAAAUCUUUCUUUUAGGAGUGCUGUAAAAAGUGCUUUACUGUCAAAUAAAUGUUGUUCCAUUCAACUAAAGAAGACUGAAAAAAGCUUAAAUGUCACUUCAACUUCAAACUAGUUAUAAAGUGAAGACACAAACAUCAUCCUGUUUAGGGUUACUGCAUCCUUUUUGGGGUUUAAACAGCAUUACUACAAGAUGUCUGCAAAUUGGAAAAGUUCCCAUUAGAGGGUCAGGCUUGUUGAUUCAUCUCUUAAAGCAAAACUAACUGAGGAAGUAUGGCUUUUAUUUUGAAGAAACAUACAAAAUGACUCCCCGUCUUUUAUUAAAAAUUUGAUUGGACUAACUCUUUUAGAUUGUUAUUCUGGUAAAAGAUCCAAUGGGGACCUAAUUUCAGUUUUACAGUACAGUGCACCAAAUUUCUUAUUUAAAAUUGUAUGGUGGUCAUGCACUCUAACAAGCCACAGCUGUUUGUCGUGCAGGCAUUUAAAAGAUUAAUGCAAGUUAAUCUUCAGCCUGUCCAAGGUCAGCUUGGCCCCUCAAUGUUACUCCACCCCAAUAAAAAUUGUGUGAAUAGUUUGUGCUAGUUUGCCUCGCAAACAUUUUUGUCAGUAUGACAAACAUGACAAACAAAUAGGGAAUGAAUUUUUAUUCAUUCCCUAUUUGGAUUGAGUUGAAGUAGCUAUUGUCUACUUCAAUAGUCAUAUGUAAGCUACAGCCCCAUCUGGUGGUCAAUAAUUUUAGAAUUUCUUCUUUUAUAUUUUAAAAACAUUUAAGAUUACAUUUGCAUGAACACAGAAGUUUACAGCUGUUAAAUUGGAAGAAUAUGGGAGGGCAAGCUUCACUCAAUUAGUUUAGAUUGUAAACUCAUCUCUGUGAAAUAAUUAUAUUAUGGUAUUUUCCAGUUGGCCGUAGUGAAGAAUGACUGCAGCCACAAUUUAUACACUUGUAAACGUCGGCUGACAUUUUUACAGGCAGGGGAUUUUGAUUAAAAUACAUCAACAUCAGAGUUCACAGACAACAACGCCAACCAGAGCAAUCUUUGAGCUCCAAAUCAGUGCUUGGAUUGCAGAGUUUAACAUAAACUGACCACUGCACUGACCUGCUGGGUUUGUUUGACCAAGAGAGUUCAGACAGAGGAGUGAUGUAGGCAUGGUGAAACAGCUGUGUUUGCUGAGACAAGGCAGAGAUGUGUGUGUUGAUUUUCUCUUCUGUAGCCUUCCAAGAGUUUCACAGUGCAGAAUUUGGGUCAAAAUCCAAACAAUAUAAUGAGUAGUUGUGGUGUUUUAGAGCAACAUAAUGAUAUAUGUGCAUUAGAAAGCUUUACAGUUGUGUGACGAGUGUCAGCAAAGAGUGAAAGGACGGAAAGCACCUGUGUACACCAACGCAAAGACACGUCACUGGGACAAAACUGCAACCCAACCACUGUUUGAGUUCUACCAUUGCAGACAAGCAGAAUGAAAAACACAAGGAUGCAUAACAAAUUUCAAAUAAUCAACUAGUAGAUAAUCAUUUUGCAAAGCAUAAUAUCUUCAAAAUGCACAGUUGUGUCCUCAUGACAAUUAUUCAUAGAUCAAGACAAACAGUUUCUCAGUGUAUUGAGAAACUAAUGGUGAAUUUCCUGUUACAGAAUGGGUUCCAUGGGAAAACAGGCAUAGAGUCAAACUGGUUUCAUUUUUUCCCCAAUGGAAGAUACCUGAUCCUGUGGAGAGGAAAGGAGCAUCAGUAUCUCAGUUUGUCAUACAGCUAAGCAGAAUUUUUACAGGAUUGAAUCGUUUUUGUUCUCACUUAAAACUUCUGCCUGAUACAAGAUAAAGACCCAGAGCAACUUUAGUUGAACCUGGCUUUCCUCUGAUAAUAUUGCCCCUAAGCAAAUAUGCACAGCGUACUUUUGAUGGCCAGCCCUAUUUCAACACUAAUAGAUGCCAAUGUUAGAUGACUACCAGUGAGUUUUGGACACCUACCAAGAAAACAAAAAGAAAACCCAGGCUUGGAAACACUUUUGCCUUUAAUAUAACAUUGUCCAAAAAAAACAAAAAAGACAGAAACAUGUGUUUGACAGAGUGCAAGUUUUUCCAUAACACUCAGCUGUAAUUAAAAAAAAUGUCCCUUCAAUAUAUUUAGCACAUCUCACAUUUUCUACACUUCCACAUUAGAUUGUAGGAUCUACCAGAGGCUGCAUUGCAGAUGGUGAAACUGCACUGAGGGCAGCAUCUGCCUUGUAUAUAAACUGAUUGGACAAUUAGUCUCCAGCGUGGAGAGAAAAAAAAAACUUUCCACAAACUUGAAUCUUUGUCAAUUAGACAUUUUUCCAUGAGAGCCUCAAAGCUACAGGGAGCACCUCAGAGCUUUUGUUGUCAACAUGAGUCUUCUAUAUCACAUCGUCUGAAAUGCAUGUGUUCAAAUCAUUUUGUUGCUGGGUUUUCAGUUUCAGUUUAUUCUGCUUGGUUGAAGUAUUGUUCACUUCAAUUCCUCUUUUAUUUUAGGAGUGUUUCUUUUCUCCUAUUUUAGUACCUGGGCUUUUCAGUUCUUGCAGUAUUAUUCAUUGUUUCCACCUGCGUCUUGUCACCUGGACAGUGUAUGCAUAACCUUGUCUUUCCCUCUCUCUUUUUUUUCCAUCUAUACACUUUGUCUUUCAGUCUAAUCUCAAGUGAUGUUAUUUUGGCUGUUUUAAAAAGUUUCUAUUGUCUGUCUGGGUUCUGCAGCACAUUCAGUUCUUCUAUGUUGAUAAAAGCCUCUUGAAUCCAUCAGUCACCUGUCUCCCAUGUUUGGACUUUUUAUAAUUUCUCCACGCAUCAGUUUCACGAUUGACAAAACUGCGUCAGUAAAAAAUAAACUGCAUGUCAAACUGCGUCCAUAAGAAAGUUAAGGGAUUAAAUAAAUAAUACAUUUUAAAAGUUUGUCAUCAAGAGGUUUACCUUUGUAUCAACUUGCAAAAGCAGCCAUGCCAACAAAUCCAUGACUCUUAUGUCUUUAGUGAACGUCUGUUAUGCUUAUUGUUCAAAUAUUUGCUGUCGAGGACCACUGCAAAAAAAAUCAAACAGAAGUUUUCAAGAAAUGCAGAAAGGUGUUAAAUAGUUGAUUGUCAAGCUGAACUUGUUACAGUUAUAUUGUUGUGUUUUGCAAGAAACUGAAAGCAGGUGAUAGAUUGGCCUCCAUCAGGGCACAUCAGAACAGAAAAACCCACAAAAGCACCACAGCUGUCAUCGCAAAGCAACAGCUGGGACCAACAGAAACUGCUAGAAACAGACAGACACUGAUAAACAACGUGCUUUAGACUUAAAAUGUGUUGACUUUUUCUUAUUUAUUGGUGCAUAUUAGAUAAAGAACAUAAAUUAUAUUCUUUGCCAAUGAAAAAAUAUAUUAGCAAUAGAGCAACUAUUUCUAAGAAAGAGAAAUCUCACAAAUAUCUUAAAAUACCACAACUUUCUUUCCAUUGAGAAAAACUGCACAACACCCUCACACCCACAGCACCUAGAGACUUGUUUCUCACUCAACAGAGCUCACUGGUUCCAGGAAAGCAUCCCAACUAAAGUAGCAUUUUCAGGUCAACUUGAAGAUGUAUUGCGUCAGCAGGCCUGUUAGGAGAGUCUGUUGGUCAGCAGUUUUAUCUCCCUUCACUCCCUACAACAGGAAAACACCACACUGAGUAACUGAGACAGUUUGCUAAGACGUCAAGCUGCAGCCACCACUCCCAAAAUAUGAAUUAUGGUUUGUGGAGAGACAGGUUUUUUUGUUUUUAGUUUGGUUUUGCUACUCCCCUUUUUGAGCAGAGACUAAACCUAGCUUUAAAUAUAGGUUUUAUUACAAACACAACUAUCCUUUAACCCUUUACUAUUAUUGUCGGUAAACUAUAUUUCUGGAGUGCGUUUUAUGCAGUCCUAACAAAUUAAUGGGCCGUCUUGACAAGAAACAGGCCAUGUUGAAUAAAGUCCAGAUACACAAAGAGAAACAUUCCUAUAGAGUGAAAACAUUUUUGCACAAUUACACAGAAAAAGCAAAUAUACAUUUAUCAUAGCUGUCUAGAAUUGUAAUUUGUCUACAUAAAAACAAUGCCAGCAUGAGCCAAAAAUAGAAAUAAUGUUAGGUGUUUAACAAUAACUAACAAGGUAUGGUCUUGUGUUCAAAUAAAUAAUGAGGAAAUGAAUCUAGCUAAAAGAAUGUGUCUUUUCUUUUGUAAAACCUACCAAAACGCUUAAAGAGGGCACCAACACUCAACUUAUCUGGGAAGCAAACCUUUCCCAGACCCCAUUCAUUCCCACUGUGUGAGAAGAAGCUCAGAGGGAGUUUCCAGGCCCUACUACAACAAACUCACCGUCACCAGCUUGAACUUGGGCUGUGAUGCUCAGUCUGACAUUUGUCUUGGCAGGAGGAGUCAGUGCCAGCAUGACAGCAGAUGACAUUUAAAGCAUGGGAAAGGCAGUCUCGGGGUAUUAAGAAUUCGAAUUGGCAACACAGAAAUAGCAAUGGUUGGCCAUGAAGUGGUUAGUGAGGGACCAAAGUGAAGAAAAACCAACAGCGGCAUAAAAAAAAUAAAUAAAUAACGAGUUCUUUGAUAAUGAACAAUAUGGAGAACUUUGAGGUUCAGGAAAAUCACAGGAGGAGUAGGUCAUGGAGAGCAUAGGCUGCGUAAUGGAAGAAUCCAGCAAGAAACAAUGACAACCAAAAGCUUAAAUAUUAAGACAGGGCUGGAAAAUGACAACUGAACCAGAUGAACUAAUCAGAGGAAAUGAGAGACUUGGGGCAAAAUGAAAACUUAGCAAGAGAGACUAGCAUAAAAUGGGCUUCCAAAUCAAUCUGAAACUAUGAGAAAUCGAAUCCAAAAUAUAAAACUUUAGUAGCAAUAAUAACUGAAUAUGGCUAUUAGUAAUGUCAGAUCAUUAUUUCCAGCCCAAAACUCAUUUAAAAGGUGCGACAACAAGCAAAAUGCCAUUCAAUAGUGCUACAUGGAGCAUGAAGCACAAAAUGACUAUAUUUCAAGAAAUUUAACAUCACCUUUAAAAAGAAAUACAACAAACCAACAACCAGCAACCACAGGAAGAUUAGAGCCAGUAAAGGUGAAAUGUCAAACAGCCUCCAAAAACAUAUUUCCAGAUAGGCUCCAUAACAACUCUAUUUAUCACAAUCGGUGAGCACACACACUUAUAAAAAGCUACUUCUACAUAACUACGCUUGAAUUUUAGUGCAAACAUUGAUGCAGAGUAGACUGUAGGCUGGAAUGCACAACUUUAGUCCUUUCCUGAACUAAAACAUCAGUACAUGGUUCUGUCAAAUUUCUAUAAAAACUGAAGUUCAUCUAUUGAUUGAUUGAUCCUGAAUGCACGUCCAUCAAACUUGACAGGAGCGGCAGGCCAACAGGGUUUCUAGGGCCAUUGAAAGAAGCUCUUUCAAUCCGUGCAUUAGUUGCAGAAAGGUUGCGCACUUUGAUAGCACCAAGUGUUAAAUUCCAAAAGCAGUCUUAUAUUUUUGCCCACUUCAGCAUUUUAAGUCCAGAUCUAUCACUGCACUUUCACUAAGUUGCUACUAAAACUAGCAUAAUUCCGGCGUCCACACGUUCUUCGUUGUCAACACAGGUAAUAACAAAUCAGUCAGUGAUGAUGGAUACAGGUCAUUGGUUGAAAAUGGUUCCAAAAGUUUAACUCAACAUGGAAAAGCAUCUGAUCCAUACCCUAAUUUAGAAGGUGGCAGUGAUGCACCUAAAAGUUGUUUGCCAAACCCCAUAAAGAAGAAAAGAAGAAGAAGAGAAACUCUACAUUGAAUUCAACCAUGCCCAACAUCAAAAUUGGGCAUGGUUGGGCAUAACAUCUGUGCAGAAACCGUGAAUCUUGCAAUCUUACAACUCUGGCAGCAAGACCAUUCUAACCAUAGACUCGAACAAUAAUAAACUGUGACAUAAUUAGAGAAUCAUGUAAGGAUUACAAAAGAACCAUAAGUGCUAACAAUUAAUCGUCUCUGUAUGAAGAGAAGAAAAAUAAUGGCACCUGCCUGCAGUUACAGCCCCUUAAUGAACUAUGUUAAAUCAGAAAACUCUAAAAGAAAAUAGUGAGUUAUGUAUUCACAAACUGAAGAGAAAUUACAACAUCACUCAAUGAUUGAAGACUUAAAGGAGAGGUAAAUGUUUUCUUACAAUCGCAGACAAGACAUGAAUCAAGUAGAAAUAUUUCCAAAGUAUGCACUCCUUCUUAGAGUCACCUAGUCAAAACCCUUCAGCACUAGAGAAAUAAAUACACCAAACACUAAAUUUAUUACUUUUUCUCAGAAAAUAUACUGUAAUUCUAAUGCUUUAACAAAAGGUAAAAGCUGUUUUAAUUCUCUUUCUUCAAGUCAGACUGAUGCUUCACAUCUGCCCUGCAUACUGUUUUCAGUUCUUUAUAAUAAAUGGCUGCCACGCAAAGUUGAGGUUAGUAGCUAUAGGUGGGGAAUCUCUUUUUCUCAGAAACAAGAAUUGUCAAGUUAAUGUGAAGAGAGUAUUCCAGAGUCAUUGGAAACAGAAAUUCUUGAGCUCUUUAAUGUUUACUUUCCACCCUCCAAAAAAGGGAGAAGAAGUUCGUAGUAAGCUUUUUUUUAUUUCUUUUCUUCCCCCAUUUGCUUACUACACUGGAGUUGUAUUGCAAAUAUGCAUUCACUGUCACUAGAGCUCACAUAACAUCUGGCAGAAGAUGGCAAAAUGCACAAAAGUCUAACCAGGUCAAUCAGAAUUACUUAAUCAUAAAGUGAAAAUAUUAGGAGCAAAUGAUACCAUUUUCUUAUUUAUUCCUUGACAGUAUCCAUUACAACUUUGGGACUGCAGAUAAAAAUCCAUCUAAAACAUGUAUUAAUGUUACUGUUUUUUUCUUCAUCAAGUAUUCUUCAGAGUAAAAGUCCAACACAGGAGAUUGAAAUGCGUUAGAAAACCUACUAUUCCCUAUUUGUGCAGAGUUUUGUCUAAAGUGCAAGUAGUAAAAACUGACAGCAGAAAGAUUCCAAUGAAGUUCUGCGAAGGAAACCUCUGCAGUAAUAAAUCAUACUUCUCCAUUAAUUAGUGUUGGGUUUUGUUUUGUUUUUUAUUGUAUAGUUGUGAAAAGGAAGUACGCAUUUGCCUUGUAACCUUAAUACAUCAAAUGUUCUCCAGCGGCUCCAGAGUUUCUCCUGGUUUAGCUCUUACACAAGCCGUCUGUCGGCAGAGCUUUUUAAACAGACAAUACCACUGGCACUCAGGCUUUGUUUACUUCUUCUGAACUUUCCGCUUCUCUUGCUGUUCCACUUGGAACAAAGUGCCGACAAACUCUUGUGCUACUUAUUGGUCUCAUCUUUUUAUCAUGGAGGACAGAAAAGGCACAAAAGAAGCAACCAUCCAUUACUGGUGUGUGAUUUUGUGCCAUCUUCACCGUGUGAUGACAGAUUCCCAAACUGGGCUAUGAGUGAGGCCUUUGUUACAGCACCUAUAAUGAGCUUCUCCAUCUUUACACUUUGCUUCUGACAGCCGGUUUAUGUAGCAGUGCAGCAUUUUAUGAACUUAUCGCCAGACAAAUACUAGGCUAAUGAGGCAGCUUUGCGAAAGAGAGCUAUUUCUGACUUCAAGGAAUCCCAAAGCGUUCAGUGGAAAAGUUUAGCUAGUUGUAUAUUGUGGAGAAAAAAAAAACAAAAAAGUAAAGACUGGAGAAUUGCUACCCAUGGUUGAGCAUUUCUGUGCAGAGCUAAAUUUAUGAUUAAUUUCUCAAUCAAAGUGUUUUAGUGCAACCCCAGUAUUCAUAUAAUUAACAGUUAUUUUUCCAAAUUGCCGACUUUGUACUCAAAACUGAACCCUAUCCUUCAAAUACUUGGUUGAGUGUUAGGAAUGUGCUAAAUUAUUGUGACCCUCUGUGAGGAUCAAUGUUGAAAAUCACAAUAGAUUACAAGACUUGCAGCUUUUCGUUACUUUUUUCACAUUAGCACAAGUUUAAAUAUAUUUGAACACGGAGAAGAGAAUGUCUUCUAAACUAAGGACUGUUUUAUACCACGGUACACGGUUCUGAUCAAAUAAAUCUGCAGGCAUUCAACAUGUGGAUCAUGAAAUGCUUUUCCGAGAAGCAUAGUGCAUCUCAAGAAAGAAAGAAAAACUUUCUGCGGGACCAUACCCUCAACUGCUAUAUGACACGUUUAUAUUUCCAGUGUCAGGAAGCGUUUCUGUGUCCCACUUGGCUGAAUACACUCCAUCAACAAAGAUUACUCAUCAUUUCCCUGAAGAAGACUCCUUGCUUUCCCUGUCUGCUUUCUUUUUCCAGGAAUAAAACUAAUUCCCAAGGAGGAAACCAGCCCGUGACAAACUCUGGGGGAUCUAAGACUGACGACAAUAUGCAGAUUAUCUAUCAAAAUUAAAAAAUGUAAACAUCAAUAGGGAUGGACUCCUUUCUUGGAGGAUUGUUAGAAAAACAUCCAUGAAUGCUUUGACUAUCUCAUUUAAUCAUUUGUUCAAUGAUUUUAGAGAUUUUUAGCUGUCAAAGGAAGAUUUCUCAUUUUGUGCUUAAUGGGAAUAAGACAUUCAUUAGUCAUAACUCUUGUAAAAGUAGCAUCAUUUUCUACCAAAGACUGGUUGAUCUUGGAGACGUUUUUGUGGUUAUGUUAGAGCAGAAAAUUUAUUUUUUUUAAACUGGACAGAAAAGAUGUUGCAAUAGAAGGGAAGAAUGCUGUGUCAACAACGUUUUGGCAUGGAAAUUUUGUUCAAGUGAUCCAGAGAUGAUAAAAAACACAAUAAUCAACUACUUUAUGAGACACACUCACUUUCCUUUUCCAUCUUGGGACUUCUGUCUUUAUUGAUCCCAUAUCCCUUUGGCUUUGACCCUGGACGAAAUCGGUCAGCAAAGCUUGGUCAAGAAACAAUCCUUAAAAUAAACAUAAAUGUGAACAGUACUGUAAAUGUUCUCAUCAGACAAACAGCAUUGUGAAACGUUUGUCUUUUUUCAAUCUAUGCAUUCUGUUCCUUCUACUUUUACAACAAUUGUUUGAUUAACAAGCAGCUCAAAACUCGUUACUAUCAACAACAUUUUUACUCUGUUGGUCCAGGAUCAAUUUUAUUUUAAAAAAUCAGAAAUUCCUCCACUUGGACUGUCUUUCCUGAACAUGCUCUUCUAUUUUAUUUUAUUUUUUUCAUCACUUCCUUAUUGCGUGAAUUCUGCUCCGUAUGUCUUACAAGUGACCCAGAUCUUGGCUGUAGAUCCCGUUUGCAAACUGCACACAAACACCACAUGGCUUUUCCGCAAUAACAAUGGAAAACUCCACAUCAAAGCUCAGCAGAGGAGAAUUUAGGCUUGAUUUAUUUAGUCUUCAUGAAAAUCCAUUUCAGUCACAGAAAAACUGUGUUGAAAAAUUAAGUUAUUGUAAAACACAGCGAGAUUAAAUGACUAUAAAUCCUCAUUUUUUCCCUGUCUUCUUUGUUUGGGAUUUUAAUUUGUACUAAACAGAGUCAAUAUGCCAGAAGACCAUUAGUCAGCUUUUUAGCGGUCUAGACCCAUUAAUUCUGAGAAAGUAUUUCCAACUAAUCAGCCAUAUUUUAACUGUGAUUCAAAAACAAAACAUUAAAACAUGAAAAAAUUUGGGCAUCAAAGUCUGUAUUUAGCUUAACAAACAUUGGUUUCUGUUUGGAGAGGUUUUAGUUGGUAACAGAUUAUUCUUGUUAUCUGUUGUACCUCUGUGAGAUGUUCGUCUGCAGAAUAAUUACUCUGUAGAUGAAAACACAGAAUUUGUCGAUCUCAGACUGUCCUACAAGGUUUAGAGAGAAUAAAUCGGUAUUUUCAGACAUAAAUCCUUUUCACGUCCUAAAUUCUGUGGAGGACCUCCCAAGAUCAACAAAAGAUCUUAGCAAAUAAAUGUUUUCUGCAAACUCAAAGCAAUAUAAUUUCUAUUUAAACUAAAAUUGGCUCUAUAGUGUCAGCCAAGAUAAAAAGUCAACGAUUUGCUUCUGUCAAAAUAAAUAACAAAUGGUUAAUCAAAAAUAUUUUCUACGUUCAUUAAAGUCUAACUUAUCAAAAGCUUCUGACCUUGUCUUGAUUUAUGCUAGUUUGAGGAGUAAAGUUUGGGAAAAGAAAAAAAAGUUUUCAAAUCUGACAUUUGAAUGGGUCAGAUCCUCAGCUCAGAACCGCCUUCGCUGAAAGAUCAGAAAACUUCACUAAGGCUCAGAUCUCACCGCCUCCCAGUGAUAGAAAUCCAAGCGUGAACGCUGUUUUCUGGCUUGAAACCCAUUCUGUAGUCAGAAGGGAGUGGCUGGUUUACAUGACCCGUUUAGUCAAUGUUGGGUAAUUUACCACUCUAGAUCUUUCCAGAACCAGAAACUGUACGAAGGGGUCUUUUCAUGCUUAACCCCUUCUUAGUUCAAGUCAACAACUUCUCUACUGUGCAGCUGAACAACUAAUCAUGGAAUAUUUCAGAAAAAUGUUCCUUAAUUUCAGUGGUAGAAGAAAGUAUAUACUUUGAACAAAACAUUCCAGUGUCAAAGUAUUAUUCCUGCAUUAUGAACAAACAGGGAUUUAACCAGUCUUACCACUACAAUGGUUUUAGUCACAAGAGUCGAGUAGGAAGUUUUUCAAAGUAGGUAGACACAGCUAAAAAGUCAGAUUUGAUAAUUAAAUGAAUUUAUCGGAAACUUCAAUGACCAGACCAGCUUACUUAGUUUCAUGUGGUGUCUGGGUGUUUCAGACAUGAAAGUGUGCUGAUUCAUACGGUCAAGAAUAAUGACUAAAUCUUUUAAAGUUUUUAUUGGGAUUUGGACAGUUGUGUUGUUCAGUAACUUUCCAAAUUUGAACACAAGCCUUGAUUGGCAAUGUGUGUCUUCAGAAACAAUCCAAAAGACACUGAAAAACUCAACUUAAUACAGCUGAAACAGUAUAAGCUAGGACAAUAUUCAAAUAUGUAAACAAAAGAUUGCGUAAGCAAAAGUCCAAUAUUUCGCAACUUUUGCCUCCACUAAAACACUGUAAUAAAAAGCACAUUUUGAGACAGAAGAAACUAAGGCUGGAAAAAAAGUUUUUUUCAUCAAAGCUAUUUGGGGAUUUACAUGGGAAUACAAAUCUUUAUUUUCUCUGACAAUGGGAGUAAAACAGUCAUUCCACAGCUGUUUAUCAGCAACAUGUCAAGGGUCCUGUCCAACCAGGGCUUAACUGAAUCUGAACAUCUGCCUUUGUCAAAAGCCCUGCAGUAAGAGGGGUUACUAGAGUAUAACUCGACUCUUUCCCAGUAAGCUGUAAAUGAAGCAACAGCAUGUACAUAUACUGUAUUCUACAGUUCACUGCUGAAUAGAAACUGUAUGUUGGCAUAUGAAAUUGACAAUAAAGAUGAUUCUUUCUGUCUCCACUCCUUUUAAGGAGUUGCUGACUGAAAU